CCCUGCAAGCUCGCCUCUGAAUGCGAUGGCUUUUCUCCAUUUUUCCUACGUAUUUAUUGCGCACAUGCAAGAACAUUUCUUUACUUUUGUAUAUACUUUAAUUUGUACAUGUGUCGCGGUUUCCUCCCCACUGUUACCACACUUCUACUGCUAUACACCCUACCCUCUCUUCAACGGUUCGCUUCUACGCAAAUUCACCCCUCAAAACCCCUUUUUCUUUUCGGCUUUUGUCGAUCCAAGAAAAUAAGGAAAAUCCAUUUUAUAUUUUCCGUUGCUUUCAAGAUUUUUACCGUCAAGUCAUGAUUUGAUUCAUUUUCAGGUGAAUUUUUGAGGUUUUCUUGAUGCCCUCUUCGUAAUUUAGCUCGACUCUGCUGUCCCUGGCAGUUGGAUCUAAUGAAGUAAUUGAGCUCGAUCCGCUGUUGGAGAUUCUCCACUUCUGUUCUGUAAUCGAAAAGGCUGAGUUUUUCCUUUGUGGAGUCCGUAGAUGGAUUACCAGUCGGAUUCAAUUCCAUAUUUGAGUUUAUUUGCGGCCUUAUCGUAUGGAGUUGCCUCAAUGGCGAUGGUGUUCAUCAAUAAGGCGGUGCUCAUGCAGUACGCACAAUCAAUGACUCUCCUUACCCUUCAGCAAUUGGUGACUGCUUUGCUUAUACACUUUGGCAGAGUAAUGGGAUACACAAAAGCCAGAGGAUUUAAUAUGGCGACAGCCAAAAAGCUUCUUCUAGUUUCCUUAUUUUACAAUGCCAAUGUGGCCUUUGCAUUAGCUAGUCUGAAAGGAGUAAACAUUCCAAUGUACAUUGCCAUCAAAAGGCUCACGCCGCUUGCCGUACUUGUAGCUGGAUUCUUUACUGGAAAGGGGAGACCUACAACUCAGGUCACUAUGUCUGUACUUCUCACUGCUGCUGGAGUUCUUAUAGCAGCACUUGGAGAUUUUUCCUUUGAUCUUUUUGGGUAUACCAUGGCCUUCACUUCUGUUUUUUUCCAGACCAUGUAUCUUGUAUUAGUGGAGAAAUCAGGGGCAGAAGAUGGGCUUUCCUCGAUUGAAAUCAUGUUUUACAACAGUGUUUUGUCGUUGCCAUUUCUUCUAUUCCUCAUCAUAGCUACUGGAGAAUUUCCAAAUUCUUUGUCAGUACUAUUUACAAAGAGUGCUUCAUUAUCAUUCUUGGUUAUUCUUCUUCUUUCCCUGGUGAUGAGCAUAGUUCUGAACUACACCAUGUUCUUGUGCACCAUUGUCAACUCCGCUUUAACUACUACCAUAGUCGGCGUCCUCAAGGGAGUUGGCUCCACGACCCUCGGCUUUGUGUUACUGGGGGGAGUGCAAGUACAUGCUCUGAACGUCACCGGGCUGGUAAUCAACACUGCCGGUGGGGUGUGGUAUUCACUCGCAAAGUAUCAGCAGAAGAAGAGGAACAAGUUGCCUAAGCUGAUGACAGAUGUCGACGGCCAUCGAAAAUGAGAUCGACCACACACUCAAGAAGGCGUGUUGCUUUUACUAGUUGAUGAAAUUUCUUACUUUCUAUACGUGUUAUAGACUUGUGAGCAUAUUCUUUUUAGCUAACUCAUCAAUAAUACCUUUUUAUAAUUUUCUUUGUCAUAUUUUGAUGGUUUGGGGUAUUGGGAGUACCAUUUCACGGCUUUCUCGUU